AUGGCCACCGGGCUUCCGACGGCCUGGUUCCGUGAACCAGUGACCUUUGAAGAUGUGACCCUGGGUUUUACCCCGGAUGAGUGGGGAAUGCUGGACCUCGAACAGAAGUCCCUGUACAGGGAGGUGUUGCUGGAGAACUACAGGAACCUUGUCUCAGUGGAACAUCAGCUUUCCAAGCCAGAUGUGGUAUCUCAGUUAGAGGAGGAGGAAGAGCUCUGGUCGGUGGAGAGAGGAAUUCCUCGAGACACCUUUUCAGAGUGUCCUGAGGCUCAGUUGGACCCUCAGUUCCAUCCUUUUCCUGCUGGGAAUCCCCUGAUGAAGAUCGAGAUUGUUGAAAUCCUCACACUGAACGAGGAGGUGGCUCUUCCCCGGAACGCCCAGAUCCGCGCCCUCUAUGCUGAAGAUGAGGGUCUGAACCCAGACAUCCUCAGGGAGCCCACUCAACAUCUGGAUAAGCAUCUAACUGACCCUGAGACCGCUCGCCAGAGGUUCCGGGGGUUCCGCUUUGAGGAGGUGGCAGGGCCCCGAGAAGCCCUGGCCCGGCUGCGUGAGCUGUGCCGCCAGUGGCUGCGGCCCGAGGUUCACUCCAGGGAGCAGAUGCUGGAGCUGCUGGUGCUGGAGCAGUUCCUGGGCGCGCUGCCCGGGAAGCUCCGGAUGUGGGUGGAGUCGCAGCACCCAGUGGACUGCCAGGAGGCAGUAGUCCUGGUGGAGGAUGUGACCUGGAUCUCUGAGGAGGAAGCACUGCCCACCCAGGGCCCCACCAGCUCUCUCCAGACCACAGCUCAGCAGGAGGAGGACAUGGCCACCAGACUGGUGAAGGCACUGCCUGAGGAACCGGUGACCUUCCUGGAUGUGGCUGUGGACUUCAGCAGGGAGGAGUGGGGGCUGCUGGACCCGACACAGAGGACCGAGUACCACGACGUGAUGCUGGAGACCUUUGGACACCUGGUCUCUGUGGGGUGGGAGACUACUCUGGAAAGCAAACAGUUAACUCCAAACCCCAACACACCCGAGGAAGAGCCAGCCUGCCACCUGAAAGUGGAGGAAUUCUCGAGGGAUGACACCCAGCCCUCUACCUCAGGAGACACCUUGCAGGCUGGGGCCCCGGAGGUCUUGGACACAGCGUUGAAACCAGUAGUGCUCACUCAGGAAAAAACCCUCCCUCAGAAGCCACCCAGUGAAAGCCCCAAACCCCAGGCAAGCACAGGUCCCGACACAAGCCACAUCUCCCUUCAGAAGACCAUUCCUAGAAAACGCUUGCGCAAGCGUGACCCCAGGGUCAAAAAGAUGACACACAACCCCUGUGUAAAACUUCAUCAGAAGAGCUGCAGCAGGGGAAAGGACCAGGAGAGUGGGAGCUGUGGGAGAACCUUACCCCGGAGCACUCAACAGAUCACGUUUACGCGAAUUCACAAAGGGAGCCAGGUGUGCCGAUGCAGCGAAUGCGGGAAAACCUUCCGGAACCCCAGGUACUUCUCCGUGCAUAAAAAGAUCCACACGGGAGAGAAGCCCUACGUGUGUCCGGACUGCGGGAAGGCGUUCGUGCAGAGCUCCUCCCUCACGCAGCAUCAGAGGGUUCACACUGGGGAGAGACCCUUUGAGUGUCAUGAGUGUGGAAGGACUUUCAACGACCGCUCGGCCAUCUCCCAACACCUGCGGACUCACACCGGGGCCAAGCCCUACCCAUGUCAGGACUGCGGCAAAGCCUUCCGCCAGAGCUCCCAUCUCAUCAGGCAUCAGAGGACUCACACCGGCGAGCGCCCCUACACCUGUAACAAGUGCGGAAAGGCCUUCACCCAGAGCUCGCACCUGAUAGGGCAUCAGAAAACGCACAGCGGGGUGAAAUGCAAGAAGAAACAGCCUACCUCGUAG